AUGUCCAAUUCCGAUUCCGAUCUACGUCACGGUUCUUGGCCACCGCCGACUGAUGCUAAACCAAUUCCACCGUCUUCUUGGGCAAAGAAAACUGGUUUCAAGCCGAAAUUCUCCGGCGAGACUAAUGCUAGUGAUUCCGGUCAGAUAAAACCUGAACCGCAACCGCAACUGGAUCUUGAAGCUGGUCGUGUUCCUCCACCGGCAAACGGAGUUGUACAGAGUAACAAUGUUACCAUUCCGGUAUCGGUUCCGGUUGUUAAAGACCAAACGGUGAAGAAACGGAGGGAUUCUGAUGGUGUUCCGAGUACUAACGGUCAGGCGAAUCCAGCGCCGGUGACGGACCAGACUCCGCAGGUGCGGAGAACGUUGAGGCAUGAAGAAGUGGUUGAUGGUUUGGUUGUGGAUGAUGAAGGAUUAGCGUCUAGGCACCCUCAUAUGAAGUAUGAGCUCAGAGAUUUUCCUGGUUUAGUUCCUAUUAGUGUGUAUGGUAUUCAGCAUUUCGUUUCGAUGUUAGGUUCAUUGAUUCUCAUUCCACUUGUCAUUGUUCCUGCAAUGGGAGGUUCUCAUGAGGAAACUGCUAAGGUGGUAUCAACAGUGCUCUUUGUUUCGGGGUUGACUACUCUGUUGCAUAUUAAUUUUGGGUCUAGGUUGCCCUUGAUACAAGGACCUUCUUUUGUUUACUUGGCGCCGGCUCUGGCGAUAAUAAACUCCCCGGAAUUACAAGCAUUAAAUGGAAACGUAUGUAUGUUUGUCUAUAUCAAGCUUCAUCCAAAAGUGUUUAAAAAAAUCUUUUUAUUCAAAUUCCAGCAUAUAAUGAGGGAGCUUCAGGGGGCUAUAAUUAUUGGAUCUGCUUUUCAAGCUUUCCUAGGAUAUACUGGACUUAUGUCGCUCUUAAUUAGGUUGAUCAAUCCUGUAGUUGUAUCCCCAACUAUUGCUGCAGUUGGACUUUCAUUUUUCAGUUAUGGAUUCCCAUUAGUUGGUACAUGUCUUGAGAUCGGAGCAGUACAAAUAUUAGUGGUUAUUGUUUUUUCUCUUUAUCUUCGUAAGAUAUCUGUUCUUGGACAUCGCAUAUUUCUAAUCUAUGCAAUUCCUCUUGGUCUAGCAAUUACAUGGGCAUAUGCUUUCUUGCUUACUGAAUCAGGAUUUUACAGCUACCAAGGGUGUGAUGUAAAUAUACCUGCAUCAAAUAUGCUUUCAGAGCAUUGCAGAAAGCAUUUUUCUAGGAUGAAGCAUUGUCGGGUUGAUACUUCUCAGGCUUUGAAAUCCUCCCCAUGGUUUAGAUUUCCCUAUCCUUUACAAUGGGGUACUCCUGUCUUUCACUGGAAAAUGGCUCUUGUAAUGUGUGUGGUUUCUUUAAUCACAUCCGUGGAUUCGGUUGGCUCAUACCAUGCAUCUUCUCUAUUGGUAGCAUCAAGACCUCCAACUCCGGGAGUUCUUAGUCGAGGAAUUGGUUUGGAAGGUAUUUCUAGUGUCUUGGCUGGUCUCUGGGGAACUGGAACUGGGUCUACAACUUUAACUGAAAAUGUUCAUACAAUUGCUGUGACUAAAAUGGGAAGCCGUAUGGCUGUUCAACUGGGCGCAUGCUUUCUGAUAUUGUUGUCAGUCAUUGGUAAGUUUGGAGGGUUCAUUGCUUCAAUUCCUGAAGUUAUGGUUGCUGGUCUGCUCUGCUUUAUGUGGGCAAUGCUCACAGCUUGGGGCUUAUCAAAUCUACGCUAUAGUGAGGCUGGAAGCUCUCGCAAUAUCAUCAUAGUUGGGUUAUCAUUGUUUUUCUCUCUUUCCAUACCGGCCUACUUUCAACAAUACGGCAUAUCUCCGAAUUCCAACGUGUCUGUGCCGAGUUAUUUUCAGCCCUACAUUGUUGCUUCCCAUGGGCCUUUCCACCUCAAGUAUGGAGGGUUGAGCUAUGUCCUGAACACACUUUGUUCACUACACAUGGUGAUUGCAUUUCUUGUUGCUGUUAUCCUGGAUAAUACUGUACCUGGCAGUCAGCAGGAGCGAGGGGUAUAUGUUUGGCCCGAACCUGAAGUGGCCAGAAGGGAGCCUGCUGUCGCCAAAGAUUAUGAGUUGCCCUGGAGAGUUGGUCGGGUUUUCAGGUGGGUGAAGUGGGUUGGCCUGUGA